UGGACCCGACGGGACGGGCGGCAUGGCGGCGGCGACAGGUCUCGUGGGCUCCCUGAGCGCCUGGCUGCCGGCCUGGCCCGGCCUGGCCUGGGGGGGCGGCCUGCUGGACUCCUCCUUGCAAGGGCUGGUGGGGGCCUGCGCCGUGGCGGUGCUCUGCAGCCUGGUGAGACUCCACAUCUACUUGCAGUGCUCCAGCGAGCCCGGGCGGCAGGCGGACAAGGAGGCGGUGGCCGGCGGCCGGCGGGCGCUGCUGGAGCGGCUGCACGUCUGCGUGCUGACGGCGCUCUUGACGGUGGUGGGCUCCCGGGUGGCGGCGCUGGUGGUGCUCGAGUUCUCCCUCCGCGCCCUCUCCACCCUCCUCGCCCUCCCCAAGGGCGCACACAGCAGCCAGCUCUUCCUGCUCUGCCAGUACUCGCUGGGCUGCGGGGUCUCGUGCAGCCUGAGCUACCUUCAGGAGGGGGCGCCCCACCGGACCUGGAACCUGCUGCUCAGCGCCGGCCUGGCGGGGCUCCUGACCCACUACGUGUGGCGCUUGGCCCGCCACGUCUUCGCCCUCUACGAGCUGCACUGCCGGGAGCGCUACUGCGGGGCCUGCCUCUUCCUGCUGGCCUCCUGGCCGGGCAUCCCGCAGCUCCUCUGCAACGCCCUCAAGCUCACCUUCCUGGUGGCCGACCUGGCCGCAGUGGCCUUGAUCAACCGCGACUUCCUCACCACCGCCGAGGCCGUCCGCUUCUGGACCCCGCUGACCAUCUGCUACACCCUGCUGGUCAUCUACAUGCAAGAGGAGCAGCGGCAGAACCCCAGCCAGCAGAUGGUCUACCAGACGGUCUUUGUGAGGAUGGGGGGGCUCCUGAUCCUGCUGAUGACAGUGGGCCGCUGGACGGACAUCCUGAACGUCCUGAUCUCGCUGGUGGGGGAGCUGUGGUGCCUGGCGCAGGCAGGAGCCGCCCUGGACAUCUGCAGGAAGCAGGAUUAUUCUCAGCGAUUCUCCCGCUUGACUUCUUCCUCCCGGAGGCCUGUCCAUCAGCCUGAAGACCAUCUUUCCAAACCCUCCGCAGCCUCCUGAAGCAGAGAGAACAGGCGGGGAGUCCCUGGGCUGCCAGUGGGUGGGAGGCUGCGGGUAUCCAGCUUGUGGGGCACCCUCCCCCCCUCCCUGGAGCCUUCUGGAGAGAGACUGGGCUGCUGUGAUGACCCCACUGCUGCUGCUUCCUGUGGCCCGCCCUGCCCUAGAGCUCUCUGAGGAGCUUCCUCUCCUUCUGUGGGUGUGUGUGGAGGGGGGAGAGCCCUCCUGACAUCCGGGCUGGCUGCAGCCUUGAGUUCUGCAGAUUCCACGGGCAAGCUCCAUCUUCCAGCCUGGACAUUCUGAGGAAGGGGCUCGGUUUGUUUGGAGGGCCUUGCCCCCCUGGGAGCUUCUUCUGGGUGCCUCUUGCACGCUGGAGCUGUUAACUGGUCCCUGGAUGUGCAUCAGAAGGAAGGAAUCCUGUCCGGUCCCUUCUGGGCCUCGUGUGUUCCCUUGUGUCUGUCUGCUGCAGUCAUAGCCUGAGAGCUGCCACUUUUGAUCCCCUGCCUCUGUACUUUGUCCGGCACCCUUCGGGUCAGUACGGCAGAAACGAAUAAAAUUGGGAAACC